AUGAACAAUUCCCUCUAUGAUGCAAGAGGCAUUUUCUUGCGGUUCAGCAUCCAGGGCCCGCUGGCAGACAGCCCCGGACCGUGGAUAAUUCCCCCCUUCUGCUGGGUGCGGGCAGACGGGAAUGCGGCAUACAGGCUCUGGGGCCCGGAAUUCCAGAACCCCGCGCCAUGGCGAGCCCCCCGGUCCACGUGCUUUCCUUCUCCCGGCCGGAGGGGCGUCCGCCUCGGCGCACAGCAAAGGCGGGCGGCCCUGCUGGGGGGCUUUCAGACAAACCUGCCCAUCUUCAAGCUGAAGGAGUCCUGCGUGAGGCGGCGAUAUAGUGACUUUGAAUGGCUGAAGAACGAGCUGGAGCGCGACAGCAAGAUUGUAGUACCGCCGCUGCCAGGCAAAGCCUUGAAGCGCCAGCUUCCUUUCCGGGGAGACGAGGGCAUCUUUGAGGAGUCAUUCAUAGAAGAAAGAAGACAAGGCUUAGAACAGUUCAUAAACAAAAUUGCUGGACACCCGCUGGCACAGAACGAGCGCUGCUUACAUAUGUUCCUGCAAGAAGAAACUAUCGAUAGGAAUUAUGUCCCAGGGAAGGUCCGCCAGUAGGGGAGUCUGGCAUUUUCCAUUUUUUCUCUCUCCUCUGCAAAAAUGACAUUUAUUUUUACACUGUUUCUUCUGAACCAGCUUUUUUUCUCUUUCUGAACUCCCCUACUUCUCCAGUGUUGCCCAUCACACCAUCCCAUUCCACCCCUUGUCAGGCAGCAGUGACAAGUUCUGUUGGUCUUUGGUUUCUGCAUGAAAGGUGAGGAUUUAUGAAUAGCUGUGCUUAUUGGUGGAUGUGUAAAGCUUGCUUGGAACUUGUGUAAGAAUAUACAGUAUGUAUCUGAGCCUUCUGCUUUUCAGUAAGGAGGUAGGGAGUUUUCUGCCCGGACAUACUUCCCUGGGGAGAACAUGGCAUGGAGUCUCUGCUGCUCAGAGCUGUACUUUCUGUUAAUAUUAGUGUCCCUCAGCCCUGAAUGAUUAAAGCCAGUUUCUGCUUUCCA